UGGAGAUGGUUUGGAAGGUGCCCCCAAAUGGCAAGUAUAGUGGCAGGAUACGCGACGCCAAAUGGAUGCCAUGCACAAGCUUGGCCAGCGAGUAUAUAAGCUUCGUCCCCGGCCAUGGUUUCUUCCAUCCACCAUCGCUUUUUCCUCUUUUCGAGCUGCUAGAGAUGGGAAAGAAGCUCUUUGUUCUCGCGCUGGCUCUCGCGGUGCUGGCUCUGGAUGUUCACGCUCGUCGCGAGGGUGAUCGGCAGCACCACGAUCGAGAGUCGAGCGAUCGGCGCCAGCAGCGCCAGGCGUUCCGGGACUUGAAGCCGCGCAAGCCCCGCGAGAUCUUCCGCUCCGAGGGUGGCAGGAUCGAGGAGUAUGACGCCGGUGACUACCGCGCGCUGUGCGACGCCGAGUUUGGAGUGAAGCGCGUCACCGUGGAGCCGAAUGGUCUUGUUCUUCCGGGCUACAAGGACUCGCAUGUCCUUCUCACGGUCAUGGAAGGGAGGCUCCGGGCUGGAAUCGUGAGUCCCUUCACCGAUAAGGUGACUGAGAAGAGCGUGUUUGAGCUCAAGAAAGGAGAUACCAUGGCGAUCCCGCGAGGAUUCGCGGCGUGGCUCUUCAACGAUGGAAACCAGCGCGCUCGAUUCCUCGACGUCGCUGACACCACCACUAGCUGCGAGUGUGGACGAUUCAAGGUCUUCCAUCUCGCGGGAAGUGACGAGCAAGAGUCUGAGAGAUCUCCACGCCGUCGCCGAGAAUCACAGGACGAGUCCACCGGGAACUCCCUGCUCCACGGUUUCAGCAAGGAGAUCCUGGCUCAGGCGUGGGGCGUGGACGAGUCGAUCGUGCAGCGACUCCGCGAGGGCCAGAAGGGCUCACAGAUCAUCAAAGUGGACGAGCAGCAGCGAAGGAGCCUGCCGUCGGUGACCAACAGCGGAAUCUACAUGGACUUCGUCUACCGCCUGGGCGAUGCGCAGCCCGAUGUCUACGUUCCGCGCGGUGGAGAGAUGCGCCAGCUUAACAGCAUGAAGAUGCCGAUUCUCAAGGAGCUCGGACUCUCGGCUGCAUGCUACCAGCUCAAAUCGGGUGCUCUGACCGCUCCAGCGUGGGCACACAACGCACACAAAGUUAUCUACGUGAACGAGGGCCGCGGGAGGAUUGAAGUCGUGCGCGAGAAUGGCGAGCAGGCCGUGGAGGCGGACAUGGACGAGGGCUCUCUUCUCGUUGUUCCGGCGAACUAUCCCUCCGCGAAGCUGGCCGGGAAUGAAGGUCUCGAUUUCGCGGUGAUCUACAAGACUCACUUGCCGAUAGAAUCGUAUCUCGCGGGGAGGAACUCGGUGUACAAGGGAGUCCCGCGCAGCGUCAUGUCCAGCGCGCUCCAGAUCGACGAGCAGCUCCAGCAGAAGCUCGAGGAUCGCCGUGCCGAGGAGGCUUACAUCUUCCCCCGCCGCGAGCGCCAGCCCAGGCGAGGUGGAGAGGAGGAGCGGAGCUACCAGUUUGUGGAGAACUUGGUCCGAGUUUUCGGCUAGAGAUUUCCCAGUGCUGCGAGUGUGUCCAUGAAAUAAACUCUCUAGCAAAAGAGUUUUGAGAGGCUUAGAAAAUUUAAACAUCGAAUAUUCUUAGAUUUCGGUCCCAGUGUGUCCAUGAAAUAAACUCUCUAGCAAAAGAGUUUUGAGAGGCUUA